UGGCGGGGUCAAGGAUCAUGUGAUAUAGGCGGUAGAUUUGAAAGUACAAAACAAAUUCACACCACCUGCCAACAUUUUGACGGCCAUAUCACGGCGACCAAAACGAUUGUAUAAAUGUUUUCUCCCUUUAUCAUUUUUUGUUAUCGUAUUUUGGAACGGUAAAAUUAUGGAAAAAUUUGGGGAAUAUGAUCCUGCAACUCCUCUUGGAAAAGCAUUCUGCCAACAGGUAACUGCUGAAGAAUUUGAACACCAGGGCACAGAGGCUACCUACAAUGCUCUGAAGGAUCUUAUGGCAUACAUGGAAGAACAUCCUGAACAAGUUAAAGGAAUUUUAGCUAAGAAGAAACAAGAUGAUCAAGAAAAUUCAGGCAUACUCUCAUACCUGAAAUGUAAAUUAUUUACCUCUAUAAAAGGUGAUGAUUACUUGAAGGACACUAUUAGUAAAGAUGACUGUAGAGAAGAAUCGGCGAGGCUUCAGGAAGAGAUGCAACAAGCUUUUAACUAUGCUCAAGAAGCCAAAAACAAAGCAAGAAGGUUUUCAAAAAGAAUUGCAUCAAGGAAAGCAAUUAGAAGUAACGUAAAUGAAAUGACAAAUCCACCAUUUGUGCCACCACCACCUCCUCCUCCACCGCCACCGCCACCAUUUUCCCCACCAUCAGGGUCAACUUGGUCAGUUCAUGAUGACUCUUUUGAAAAACCAAUAUUAGUUGUUAAGCCAAAGCCUAGGCCUCCAAUACACAGUACCCCUACUGGCAGGAGUACCCACAAAUCAACCAGAUAUGUUCAAAGGAGCAAGCCCAAAGGCGCUAGUGCCGAAGCUACAAGUCCAUCCAAACUUAAAUAUAGAAAGGCUACACCAUUUAGAGAAAGAACAAAUACGAUUAAUUCUCCCGAAAAUAUUUCCACAAAAGAAGUGAAUUCCGGCACGAAGAAAGAUGAAAUUUCUAAUGUUCAUGAUGAGAUUCGAGCAUUUAGUAAGAAGAACCUUCGCUCUGUCAUGUCUGGUAAUCGGUCACCUGGAGGAACGCCAUUACGGACACCUCGUACAAAGCGCCUGUUGACUACGUCAGAUCUCGAUGCCUGUGUUGGAAAUUACUCUGGAGUAUCGCUAUCAUCACUUCAACAGAUUAUUACGGAAAAAUUUCGUAACAUUAGGAGUCCAGUAGAUGCCCCAAGCCCUCUGAACUGCACUCUGACCAGCCCAAGUGGAUUUACACCAUGAUUUUCUAGGGAUUAUACCAUUAUUAAUAGGUCCAUGAUUAUACAGUACCAAGUGAUUUGUGCUGUUAUCAGAUCAUUCCAUAGUGGUAGCCACUAAUGUUGCACCCUACAAGUAAUUUUUUUCUCUCAAAUUUAUAUCAGCUAUGAAAAAUAUAUGAUUUAUUAAAUUCAGAGUGGCAGUGCUAAAAUGCACUACAGUAUUAGAAGUUCUACACUAUUAUCAAUGUUUUGUAGGCCUAUAAUAGUUAAGUUGUAAAUACUGUAAUAUAUUUAAAUAAUUUGUAUGUUAUUGAAAGUCUUUUAAAGGUAUACUGUAUGUGAUGAACUAGUAAACCCUAUUUGAAAUUACUAGGCUAUGUCUUAGGUCUCAGAAAGUUGAAUAACAAAGUAAUUCUCACCAUUAAUAAAUCUCAUUAAUUAUAACUAAGGCUUUUCAUAUUAAGGAAACUAAAUUGGCAAAAAACAGAAUUGUUGUGAUUUGUGUCUCAUUAGAUGUUGAAUCAGCUAAUUUUAUACUGAAAUUGAGCAAUUCAUUUUAUUUAAUUAUUGAAAAAUUGUCCAGGUUUCAUUACAAACAAUAUAUAUUUAUUAAUAAUUAAUCAUGUAAAACAUAAUUAAAAUACGGUGUGGUAGUCAAUAGUGAUUAUAUCUAGGCAGUUGUAAAUUUGUUAGUUAAGAUUUAGUUGAAUUUGGAAUCAUUUAUUUACAUUUCAAGCUGAUGUAUAAGUUACAAAACACAUUAAAGUACUGUUAUAUAAGAUGAAAAUGUGAAUCAUUUUCAAUAGGUGUGGUAAGGAUGAAUUGUGGCUUUAAAAACACCUUGUGAAAGAGGCAACUAUUAGAUUAGUACUUCAUAUUUCUGUCUUUCUCUAGUUGUAAGUAUUUUUAUUAUUUUGUUCAUGUUGUAUUCAUCAUCUGUUAUAUAGUAAUGCCCCUAAUGAAACAGAAUAAGAUAACAGUUUUUGUAAUAAAAAAACUAAUAUAAUAAUACAGUUGAACUUGCCUAUUGUUCGACCUAGAUAAAAUUUGACUUACAGAUUACUAAUUGAUGGAAAACACAUGUAAAAUAAGUUCGACUUAGGCAAGUUUAACUGUAGUUGCCAAGGGACCUUUCCGAGUGUCAAUGAAACUUAACAACUGACCAAUCAGAAUGUGGUAUUUAAUAGCUAGGGGUUGUUUCAUUGAUGAUCUGGACACCAGGACCCCAUUGGGGAGAAAAAUAUUUGUUGGAGAGGAGAUAUGAUAUACAUGUAUAUUUUUUACAUAUUAGUAGACUCUAAAAUCGAUUAAAUAAGAAUGAAACCCCUAAAUUGUCAUAGUUUCUGGGGAUCAUUUCUUAGAGACUGAGCAAUGCAUGGGCACAAUAGCCACAGGAAUACACAUGUGACAAGUUCCACAAAAAAGAAAGUUUUCAUAUCUUUAUGCUGUCCUUUUGUGGGUCUUCAGCAAAUAUAUGCAAGGGGGUGUGCUUAGCGAAAAGUUAAUUACGACAUCUUUUAAGCCUUUAAUUUGUUUGAUGUUACAUUAUAUUUUUUGUUUUGAUUUUGCAGUAGUUUAUGUACAGUAGAUACUUCACCUACAGUACUGUAUGUCAGGAAUACUGUAUAAGCACUCCACAAGGCACUAUAAAUACUAUAUUGUUAUUAACUACUUUAUUGGUCACAAUCCAAAUUCUAAUGAAAAUUAUAAUGCAAGAUUCCUGACAAAACAUUUUACUUUAUGGAACCAACAAUUUUAUUUAAAUUAAACUGUACAAUUUUUUUUUCUUGUGAAUCAUGCAAUAAAAUAAAUUCACAGUCAUCUCUCAUAAUUGUUUCUCCCAAUAAAUGUUUAUACUGUACAAUGUAGCUUUAAAUGUAGUAGACAAUUACUGUAUAACACAAGAAAUAAAUAAAGCUGUUUUAAA